AUGGAUCAAAUCUUUCUUGGCCUUUGCCACAGGUUGUACAAUUUCAUCACGAAAUAUCUAGCAACAUAUGCCAGGAAAAGAGUAACAUUAGGCGAUGUUUCUCAUCAUACUUCAGCUCAGUUACCUUCUCCAGGUGCUGAAUCAGCUAUACCGAGCUCCCUGACUGACCAAGCAACACACCCCGUGGCUGAAGCAACACCAGUUGAAGACUCAAGUUUGCAGGCCAAAGUAGAGCCAGAACCAAUGUAUAAUCAUAGUGAAAGUGGAAUUCCUUCUGCAACAUCUGAUGAAGAGAAAAAUGAGGAUGUUAUUGAAGCAGCAACGUCUGAAGCUCGACCUCCAAAGAAAAUGGUUAGCAUAAAUGAUACAGUAGAGGAGAUGACUGCAACUGCAAGCAAGAAGAAAAGUAAGAAGAAAAAAAGAGCAGAAAAAAUGGGAUCAUUUGACCAAGAAAUAGAGGAACCAAAACCUUUGAAAUCGAUUCUUAAAGUAGGGUCUAAGAUAGAUUAUGAGGGCAACAGUUUGGAGUCUACCUGAAUUUACCUUGCUGGUAAUGUACUUUGUAAUGGUUCUUGAUUUGUGAAUAUCAUAUCAUAUCAAUUUGUGAA